UAAGGAUUCGGAUAACAGCAUUAUUUAUUUAUAUUUUGGAUAUUUUUUCUAAAUCAAUAUAAUACUUACAAUGCCACCUAAAGGUAAGGGUAAGGGUAAAGGGAAACUUAAAAAGGGUAAAGAGAAUAAGGGUAAAGAGCUGGCAGCCCAGAUGCUGGCCAAGACGCCGAAGCCCAAGCCUAAGAAGAUCCCCCCUCCCCCCAAAUGCUUCACCCCCGAUGACCUGGCCAGGUUCAAGGAUCUUUUCAAGUUAUAUGAUGAAGAGAAUAUGGGCAAAGUCCCACUAGAGCUCAUUCCGGUAAUGUUGCGUAAACUCGGCUUCAACCCAAAAGGAGCGGAAAUUCAACAAUUGUUUGCGCAAUUUCUCGAAGACGAAUUAGUGGACACGGUCGAGUACCACGAGUUUCUGUUCAUGAUUGAGGCCAAAAUGAACUGGGGAGACGACUUUGAGUACGUCGUCAUGCAAGCCAUGGCCGUUCUAGCCGAUGAUAAACAAGAAGCCAAAGUUACCAACUUAGACCUAAUAAAAGAAGAAUUGCAAAAGUGGGGAGAACCAUUAACGGAUGUAGAGUUCAGUGAUUGGAUCAGAUUGGCUACAAGAGACAAAACGUAUGACAUUCAGACUGGCAGUUUCUUGUAUGAGAAGUUUAUAGAUAACAUGAACACCAAAGACGCAGCGUAUAAGUUUCUGAAAGAACCUAUUAACUAUUUCAAGUUGGACCAGAAGACUUUGGCAGCACUAGCGCAGGCAAAAGCGCAGAAGGAAAAAGAGGAAGAGAAUCAGCGGCUAGCUGUUAAGGCAUUAAAAGAUGAAGCAAGGAGGUUAAAGAUGAUAGCUGACGGUUUACUUCCCGAGGGAGCCGCACUCCCGCCGAGUGUACUGGAGCUGGCUCCGGAGAGACAGCCUACCGUGACAAAACUACCUACUGAAUCCCAUAUUUCUCUAAAGCUAAAACCACCCUCACAUGAAGCUUUGCUUGUAGCGCAAAAAUCCAUAAAGGCGUUGCCAGAAUCUAGUUCUCGUAAAUCGAUUAAUGAGCCAAAAGGUAUUGGAGAAGCCACAGAAGUAAUAAAGUCGAAUGCAGAUGUCGCUGCUAUGCCAACUGAUGCGACUGCUAUUCCGCCAGUGAGUGAGUAAAAUGUUAAAGUGUCGACAUUAAAGUAUGAAAUAAAAGAAAAUUACAUAUUGUA